AUCUUUCUUUUUUGGCAAUGAUUAAUAGAGACAAAAUGACACUUGUGUCGACUUGUGUCGGUUGCUGGAAAGCUCCCGAAGUCGUCGUAAACCGUAUAUCUAUGUCAAUUUAUCUACAAACACAUUUUUCUUCGCACGUCGAAAAAGCUGACAGGUCCAGACAAGCGUCGUAAUUGUAAAGAGUUCAAGCUGAAUCAACUCAUAUGAUGAGCUUACGAUAGCGAUUACGACGAGCGUUACGACCGUUACGACGAGCUUACGUGUGUUGACAUCUGCUCGAAGCGAGUUCUCGUCUCUCGGAAAACCAGGUGUAGGGAGAUCUUAAAAUCCGUCGUCAAUCGGUGAUAACACUCGCGAGAAGCGAUGCACUCGGUCAGCGCCAGCUUGCCGAGCUCCACGGACGUGAGUGACGGCCCGGGGUUGGUUAAGCGGGAUCAGGACAUUCAGGACUGUCGAGCGGCCGACGUCGGCACCGACGGGCCGUGCGGCGAAACCGAGGGCCUACGUAUCCUCGAUGAGUUCCGCAAGCUGUACGAGAGUCGCAUCGAGAAGAUCGAUCGAGAAUCUGGCGGCGAUCCCGACCGAGUCUUCUUGAAGUUACAAGUGAUGAGCGACUGGAUUAAGGAUUUGGGGGAGCAAAAUGCGAUGUUGGUGCAUACGGUGGAAGAUUUAGAGCAGGCUGCGUGUAGUAGAGUUAAGCUGUUAGAGGAGAAACUAAACCAAUCGUCGCAGAUAGUCAUGGAUAAUUUAACAAGAGCCGAUCCUAUGGAAAAGACUUUAAAUACUCUUUCGAAUCGCGUCAGUCAGCUGGAAAAGGAUGAGGAGUAUCUGCAACAAAAAAUAGAGUAUCUGCAAAGCGACAUUAGGGGAUUGUUGGAGGUGAUUCGUCGCGCGCGCCGGCAGAAUGUUUGGAGUCUCGAGGGUAUCACGUUCUUUGAGAUUCAGCCUGAGGAUAUCCCAGUUCAAGACUGUAUUUGUAGUCAGGAGCAGACAGAUACUGAUCAUAUAAAAUCAUUGAAUCUGCAAAUAGAACAACUUCAGGAAAAUGAGAGAAAAAUGAUCAGAUGUCAAUUGGAAUUGGAAGGAAAAGUAACGGAUCUUACGACAGAGUUAUCAGUAAAGGACGAUACUAUAAAAAAAUAUGUUUCUAGACUUCAGUGCUUUUGUGAAAAGCUCAAAGAACAUGCUAAACAAGCGAAUCAAGUUAUUGGUCAUCCACUGGCAUUCGCUUCUGAUCAAGAUUGCAAUAUUAUCUUAACACCUGACAUUCUGGAAAGUGUACUAGAUGCGAAAGAUAGAGAAAACAAGAGCCUACAUCGACAACUCCAGGACGUUGAAUCCAAGCUUAUGGUGUAUACUUACGAAAACAAUGUCGACACAAUUAACCUACAGCUGCAACUGGAAGAGAAAUGUAAAAAAGUACAACAACUGGAGGACAAAGUGGCUCGCCUCGAAAAAGAAGCUGUAGAAACAAAGGAUACACUGACGGCGGAGAUCGUGGCUUUGGAAAAACAAAAUUAUCAUGCCAAUAUCGGCAAUCUUUUAAAGGAUGACUUGAUUAAAGAAAUGCGCAAAGGACUAAAGCAAACGGCCUUAGAGGAUACGUCUUCUCAAAAAGUUCGCAUUGAUGCGAAUAAUUCUCCGGAGAAAUGUCCUCUGCCUUCAAUAGAUACUCCACAUUCUAAAAAGGAUGAAUUUGUAUCACUCCUGAAUAGUACAAAAGCACACGUGCAGAAAGAAUGUGAAAUUUUAUCGGAUUUGAAACUCGAACUCGAGAAGUUUGUAAAUAAAUUGACCAAAGAUAACGAGGUGGGUGAUUGUAUUAUAUCUAAUAAUUGCACAAAUAAAAACAAACUUUGUGCAAGUGGCAUGUCGGACAAGCUGAUCGAUUGUAUUGAAAUUAUUACUAAAAUGUAUCUAGAAAGAGAAAACGAAGUUAUUGUUUUUGAUUGUAUGAUAAAGAAAGAAGAAAGUCGUUGCGUAUGUGGUGAUUCCAAAAACAUUAAAGAAAAUGUAAAUAGUGUACGGCAAUUCAAGUUGAUGGAGGAAUUUAGAGUAUGCACUGUAGAAGCUCAAGCAGCAACAGAAGAUAUUCGUGAGGAAAUAAGCACUGUUAUUUCGACAUUUAAUUCACGACACCAAAAUUAUGAAGAUUUAAACGAGAUGGUUACUAAUGCACAAAGUUAUUUGGCGAAAACGCGAGAAGGACUAAUAGAAGCUAUCAACAGACUAGAAUUACAAGAGGAGGAGAGACUAAGGCACAGCGAAAGAAUCGUGAAUGGCAAUCUUAAAUUGAAGGAUAUAAAAAAUGAAAUUAAUCAUGUUCAAUCAGAAUUGUCUCGUUGCGUUAAUGGUAUGCAGGGAAAUGUACAGGAAUAUAACGAAUCUGAAUAUACAAAAGCGUGCGUCAACAGUGAUUUACUAACUGUGGUAAUGGAAGAAGUUGAACAAAUAUUGACUAAUUUGCAAUUAUUUCAAACUCAGGGUGGUUGUAUGACGUCAAUACUAAAAGGAUUAAGAAGUCAGUUAUGCACUGUAGAUAGUUCUUUAAAGGAAUUACAGAAAAAAGCUGGUGAAGUGCUAUUAAACAACGAAAUCGCACAAACAACGUUCUGUGAAAGAGAAAUCAGGUUGGCUAAAUUCGAAGAAGAAGUCGAUUGUGCACAUACAAAAAUGCAAGACGUAUUGGAAACGUUUCUUUCCACAAAACAGGAAGAAAAGGAGCAGUUUUCUCACUACACUUAUGAUAAUCAGGAAGUAAACGACAUAAUAAAAGCAAAAGAAGAUUUACAUAAACUAAGAAAGGAAUACGAUGAUCUAAAACUUGACAUGAUCCAGCAAACGUGUCAAAUGAAAUAUGAUGAAAGACUAAAUAAGUGGAGAAAUCGUAUAACUGAUUUAGAAGACCAAGUCAGAAUGUUGCAACAUGAGGCAAAAUGCAAACAAGAAGCAAUUAAUUUUUUAAAGAAUAAUAUUCAAUCUAUGGAGAAGGAGCUGUUUGCUGCACGAACAAAGGCAGAAAAUUAUAGACAGUGUCACAGCAAAGAUAGUACGGAAUUGAAAAAGAAGAUAAUAGAAUUAGAAAAUAUUAUCAAAGCACAAAAGGAAGUGGAGAAUGAUCUUAGGAAAAACUUAAACAAUGUAGCGAAUAUUAAGAAAUCUGCAGAAAUCCCAAAUGCUUACCAUACGGAGUGCGGCACAGAAGCAAUGCUUUUACGUUGCGAUUAUCCAUCUAAACAUGAGAAUUUAUCUCACUUAUUCAAAACCGUGCAAGAUGCUGUGCAAUCUGCAAAAAUGGCGGUUCAAAACUUUGAGAGUGAACUUAAAAAAUUGAUACAUGAAGAAUCUCUCUCCUCUGUCUCGGCAAAAUCUGCUGUGACACUGACCGAUUCGUUAGGAAAAUGUAGGGAAAAGCUGGAUACUUGCUCUCACGAAUUGAGCAAACUUAAAAAUGCCGUAUAUUCUAAAGAAAAACUUUUAGAAAACAUGGAGGAAAUCGUGCGGAUACAACGGAACUCGUUAGCAAUGAGUCAAACAGAAGUAAAAGAUCUGCAUCAAAAGCUGCAAGAAAAGGUAGAUAAACAAGGCCUUACUAUCGCGCAAUAUGAGAGAGAGAAGAACGAAUUGCUGAAGCAGAAUGAACUUCAGAUACAAACUAUCGGGCACUUACAAAAUGCCGUUGUUGAAGCUAAACGAAAUUUGGAUCAAAUGGCUCAUAAAACGAUGAGUGAUCUUUGCAAGAAGGAUGAAAUUAUACGUCAACUAACGAUGCGCAUCGAUGAGACGCAGGAUCAAUAUAACGAAUGUUUUACACAGGCAACUAAUCAAGACAUGUUAUUGGAUCUGCAACGAGAUGCUAUUGAAAGUCUGCAUAAACAAAUUCGUUGUCUGGAAUAUAAUAAACGUUUAAGCACUACCGCGUUACACGCAAUGUAUUAUUCAAUUUUAAGCGGAAUACAGGAACGAAUACGCGAUCAUGUAAAAGAUUUCCGGGAACUAAAAUGGAAGAUGGACAGUUUUAUACAGACGAAGAAUUACUCCGAAAGCCAAAAUAAAUCGUGCGCGAUAUAUCUUGAAGACAAAAACUGUGAUACUCGAGAUUUGGAAUACUAUUCAAACAGCAUCACGUGUGGAAUAUCAUAUGUGGAAAGACGCUCAGAUAAAGAAGCAGAAAUUGAGACCAUCGUUCAAAUACAGCAAUUAAAAGCAGAAUUGAAAAAGGUGAAAGAUACUGAGAGCGGUUUAAAAUGCGAAAAUCAGCAGCUUAAAAUCAAUUUACAGCAUCACAUAUCAGAGACUGAUAAUCUAAUGAAGAAAUUACAGCGUAUUAAGCAGAAGGAAACUGAAUACGAGGAGCUUUUGUUGAAACUAGAAAAUGGGAAGAAAGAGAUCAAUACUUUAAACGAUCGAAUUAUCAGUAACGAAGAGAUUAUUAAACAUCAAUCUCACGAACUUGAAGUACUUCGGAAAAGAUUGCUCGCAAAUGACCAACAGGCAGAGGAAAAUUUAUCUGAAUUGAAUGUAUCAGAGCACGAGAUGCUGACUAUUCUGUGUGAUCGAAUGUGUUCUUUGAAAAUUCUAUUGCAAGAGAAAUCGAAUAACAUGGUUAAAUUGCAAGCAGAUUACGAAUUGCUUAAGAAUGAAAAUUCUAUAUUAAAAAGUCAGAAUGAUAUUAUUGAAACUCAAACCAAAGAAGAUAUCUUACAGUUGAAGGAAAGGCUCAAAGAGACACGCAUAAAAUUGCGCCAAACAGAAGACAAUUAUCAACAAAUGACUGAAAAUUUCAAUAAAGUUCAAAAACAGUUAAUAUCUGCAACAGAACGAGAAGCUGACUUGCAAGAAUCGUUGACGAUUAUGGAAAAAGAUUAUCGUUCCAAGAUUGUGGAAGUAGAAGAUGAAGCCGUUUAUCUUCGUAAUUUAGUGGACAAACUAAGCGAAGAAUUGGAAGAGACCAAAAGAACACUCGCAUCGAAAGAUAUUGAACUUUGUCAAGCGCAAGAUAAAUGGAAGGAUCACACCGAUCAUUUGGAUAUCGUACGUCAAGAUCUUAAGAAAAAGAAAGAAGAAUUGACGAAGGCCGAAAAUGUAAACCGUGACUUGAUUCAACAGUUGCAGGAAUACAUGGAAAACAAUUACCAUCUCGACCAACAAAAAAUUUCACUUGAACGAAAUAAUUCUACGUACAUAAUUGAGUUGCAAAACAUGCGCAAAUCCUUGCUCGAGUUAAAAAAGGAAUGUCACUUAAAGGACCGAUCUCUGACACACAUGUCAGCUGAUUUAACUGAAACAGCUAUGAGUAGAUCAGAACUCUGCAAAGAAUCUCAAUAUAUACUUUCAUGCAUCCGUGAUUGUAUGGAGCAACAGAAAAAAUACAAUGAAACUCUGACAAAAAAUUUAGAAAAUAAACAACAGCUUCUAAUGCAGCUUGUAUUCGAGAAAAAAGCUCUAUUAAUUAAAAUCAGGAAGAUGAAACAAACUAAUUUAUUGGCGCAGAAACUGAAAAGAACGCAUAAAUUAACUACUAGAGGUUUUAGAAAAGUGCACAUAAAUGGUUAUGUAUCAUCGUCAAUUACAGCGCAUCAGACCGCGGACACAGAUCAAAUUUCGAAUUUGAACUGUACAGAUUUACGCAAGAAAUAUUUAAUGAAGCCAAUCAAAACCGGUCGACGUACAUCAACAUGUGGCAAUUCAUGGUGGUUUCCCAAGAUGGAACACUUAAUAAAUGAGGUCCGAAAAAAUAAUCGGUGGUGGCAUGAAAAUUUUAAGAACGAAACAGAAUCCGACACUUCAUUGGAAGAAAACCGCGAUUACGGUUAUCAAUCCUCUUCUACAAGCAAAUGAAGGAGAACAGAGGAUUCAUCUUGAUGAAGACUGAAGAAAACAGUGUGAAAGUUUGACGUUUGAGUAUGGAACGUAGAAAUUUGUAACGCGAUUUACAUUAGCCCGUGCUGCAUCUUCUUUUAUGUAAAUGUAAUUUUGUACUAUAUAAUAUAUACAUAUAUAAUUAAAUGUAUCCUUUUUUAAAAAUAAAUAAACAUAUCGUGUGACGCGUGCGAGAACAUCAUUGUUCAUUCACUUUCAUUAAAUCGCAUAACGAUACAAUAAUGAGUCAUACAAACGAGAUGCAAUAAUACGAGAUUUUCCAAAUAUAUUUUGCGAAAAAAUUCAAGUACCAUUUCAGCUUGAUCUGGUGUAAAUAUUUCUGCGCAUUUUGGUGGAUCCUAAAAUUUCCGUACGUGGAAGAUAAAUACACUCGAUAUAAAAUUAAUACAUGUACUUAAAAUGCUCAAUUAAAAUAAUUACCAUGACAGUACAUUGAAGAACGCGUUCAAAAAAAUAUUUAUACGUUUCUUCAGCUGUGUUCCAAUAGUUUGCAAGGUAAAAAUUAUGAGUUGAAAGUAUUAAUUUCAUAACUGUCGCAAUUUGUUGGUCACUGAAUAGAUUCUCUCUAAAAAAUAAAAAGUGGCACUGUGUCUCUCCAAAUCAAGCUAUUAUGUAAAUUGCAUAUGAAAAAAACAAACAUAAGUAUAUAAAUAUGUUGAUUGCAACAUGAAUACGUGAUUUUCAUCGAUUUGCGAAGCAAAGAUAUGUUCCAUUUAAUUAAGAAUAUAAGAUAAACGUGAAAUAUUUUACUUAAAAAACCUAAAAGUUUGCCAUAGAAGUUUUACAAGUAUCUCUUUGUUUUCCUCCUUCUGUGAUAUAUUAGAUAAAAUCUUUUCUUCUGCAAAAAUAGCGCGUAUUUAUCGUGUAUGUUAGUUUUAAAAACGUAGUAUGGAUGCAACAAAUUAUAAGAAGCAUCUAUUGGUUGUCAAUUAAUAAAUUAACCAAAGUUCAAAUUUACCGAGAAAUAGCGAAAUUGAUUUUCGAUCUCUUUGCUUUCUCAUGUAAGUUACAUCUUCGGACGUUAUCAAUUUAAAAGAUAGACUACGUUGGCUUUGCCACGGUACAUUGUCGAAUUUCCAAGGUCCGUCAUAAUUUGUAUUACUUUCCAACUCAGGCGCGGAAUGUAAAAUUCUCGUAUCAUUCGGCAUGGUUAUGCAUUCGGAUAGAAACUUUUGCAUUUUAUAUCUAUUGUCGCAUUCGUUUUAUCAGACUUGCGAUUACACGCGUCAUUCAUUUCUGUAACAUAUUCCAGUAUGUUACUACUGAACAUAGAAGCAUAUUAAUAUUUACGUGAUACACCAAGGUCACCAAGUGAAUAUAUAAAUAAAUCCUCAUAACAAAAGAUCUAAUAUAUUUAAAACAAAAAGCAAUAAACUGUCUAAUUCUCUGUAUAAAUCUACGUUGUCUACAGAGUUCCGGUUCGAAUAAAUAGGCAAUUAUCAAGAGCCGUCGUAAUAUUCACAAGUUUAUUCUUUUUGCCGUGUAAUCAUUUAUAAUUCAUUAUGAGUUGUCAAUAAAAUUAAUAUACAAUAUAUUUUAGAGCAAGAAAUUGUUAUACGUGUUACAAACUAAGAAAGGAAAUACAUAGUAAUAGCAGCAGGAAUAGCCUCUCCUAUCUUACAAGAUCUCCGCGUGCCAAAAAUUCAUUAGACGUUGCAUAUUUCAAUUUAAAUGUACUGUUAUUUUAUCAGUAUUUACGGUAAUAUUAAUUACGGUGUUAUAUUUUUAUUUAU